GGUAUCUUGUCCAGGAUGGCCAUUUUGGAUCAUGUGAGAACAAGUACUGUGGCCUGGGCCGACACUGCGCUGUGAACGGGAGGACUGGCCAAGCUGAGUGUCUGUGCAUGGAGCGCUGCAAGCCACAUUACAAACCUGUGUGUGGGUCUGAUGGAGAAUUCUACCAAAACCACUGUGAAGUGCACAGGGCUGCCUGUCUGAAAAAGCAAAAGAUCACCAUUGUACACAAUGAGGACUGUUUCUUUAAAGGGGAUAAAUGCAAACCUACUGAGUACACUGAAGUGAAAAAUAUGUUACUGGAUCUACAAAACCAGAAAUACAUUGCACAAUCAAAAGAUAAAACUUUUGGUGAGAAAAUGGCGUUAAAGAAACUUCUUGUAGAUCAAAUGUUUAAUUCUUUUGAUUCAGACAAAAAUGGACUUGUGGAUACUAAUGAAUUGUCUCAGGUAAUAAAACGGGACGAGCUUGGCAAGGAACCGUCCGAGUGCUCUGUGUUCGAUUUGCUGAAAUAUGAUGAUUACAACGGGGACAAGCACCUAGCCCUGGAAGAGUUCUACAGAGCUUUUCAUGUAGUUCAGCUGAAUCUGCCUGAAGAUCAAAAAAUAAGCACCACUGCAGCAACAGUGGGACAGAGUUGUGUCUUAAGUUGUGCCAUUCAGGGAACCCUGAGACCUCCCAUCAUCUGGAAGAGGAACAAUGUCAUUCUGAACAGUUUGGAUUUGGAAGAUAUCAGUGAUUUUGGAGAUGAUGGGUCCUUGUACAUCACUAAGGUUACCACAACUCAUAUGGGAAAUUACACCUGCUAUGCUGAUGGGUAUGAUAAGCUCUAUCAAACUCAUAUUCUCCAAGUGACUGUUCCACCAGUUAUCCGAGUCUAUCCAGAGAGCCAGGCAAGGGAGCCAGGGGUGACGGCAAGCCUUCGGUGCCAUGCUGAAGGUAUUCCCAACCCACAACUUGGCUGGCUGAAGAAUGGAAUUGAUAUCACUCCAAAGUUGUCCAAACAGCUAACUCUUCAAGCAAAUGGUAGUGAGGUUCACAUUAGCAACGUGCGCUAUGAAGAUACAGGAGCAUACACUUGCAUUGCAAAGAAUGAAGCAGGGGUGGAUGAAGAUAUUUCUUCUCUCUUUGUGGAAGAUUCUGCUCGAAAGACUCGUCUGGGAAUUGGGAACAUGUUUUAUGUUUUUUAUGAAGAUGGCAUCAAAGUAAUACAACCAGUGGAAUGUGAAUUUCAGAGGCAUAUUAAGCCUAGUGAAAAACUCCUCGGUUUUCAGGAUGAAGUUUGUCCCAAAGCAGAUGGUGAUCCUGUUCAGCGGUGUGUUUGGGCAACUGCUGUUAAUGUAAAAGACAAGUUCAUAUAUGUGACUCAGCCCACACUUGACAGAGUUCUCAUUGUUGAUGUACAGUCUCAGAAAGUUGUACAGGCAGUGAGUACAGAUCCUGUUCCAGUGAAACUACAUUAUGAUAAAUCACAUGAUCAAGUCUGGGUGCUGAGCUGGGGAACCAUGGAAAAGAAUUCACCAACUUUGCAGGUGAUAACACAAGCCAGUGGGAGUGCUUCUCAUCACACAAUCCAUACUCAGCCAGUGGGAAAGCAGUUUGACAGAGUGGAUGACUUUUUCAUUCCAGCUACAACCCUUCUCAUUACCCACGUACGGUUUGGAUAUAUUCUUCAUAAGGACGAUCCCAUGCUCCGGAAAAUUGAUCUGGAAACGAUGUCGUACAUCAAGACAAUCAGUUUAAAGGAUUAUAGUUGCGUUCCUGAGUCGCUGGCUUAUACCCAUCUUGGAGGAUACCUUUUUGUCUGCUGUAAGCCUGACACCACCGGGGCUGUCCUGCCGCAGCUCAUAGUGGAUAGCGUUACGGAUUCCGUGAUUGGAUACAACGGCGACGUGACGGGCACGCCGCACGUCUCUCCAGAUGGACACUACCUGCUCAGCAUUGACGAUGCAAAAGGCCUCAUGAGGAUCCAGUCCAUAACAGUGAGAGGAGAAAUACAGGAUGCAUUUGACAUUCACACUAAUUUGCACAUAUCUGAUGUAGCUUUUCAGCCGUCCUUCACUGAAGCUCAUCAAUACAACGUCUACUGCAGCUCCAGCUCACAAACUGAUGUCCUCCUCAUGGAGCUCUCCUCUGGCAAGGUGAAGAUGGUGAAGAGUCUGAAGGAGCCCAUCAAGGCAGGAGAAUGGCCUUGGAACAGUAAGAACCGUCUUAUAAAAGACAGUGGCCUUUUUGGUCAGUAUCUCAUGACCCCUUCCAAGGAAUCUCUGUUUAUCCUGGAUGGACGGCUCAAUAAGUUAAAUUGUGAAAUCACCGAAGUUGAGAGAGGCAACACAGUAAUUUGGGUUGGAGAAGCAUAAGAAUCUGUGUUAGAUAUUUACGGAGUUAAUAGUUUUAUGGUACACUGCACUUAAAUUACACCAUUCUUCAAAUCUACACAAUUUUAAAUUGUUAGGCCCCUCUAUACCUGUUAUUUCUUUGACAUGUACACAAUUUGAAUCAACUUCCACAUAAAAGUGGCUAAAAUGAUGGCUAUUUAAUAAUGGUACGCCUUAUGAAUUAUCAACUAAGACUGUGUUGUUUGAAAUAACUAAAUGUUGAAAUUGACAAUAAGUAUAAUAAAUUACUGUAAAAAAAAAGAAAAAAAAAGCUUCAGGAAAUUUAAUAUGAUACUUUGCAUUUGUAAAUGAAAGACUUAAACAUGAUUCAAAUUUUGUGUUGUUUUGCUUCAGACACAAAACAAGAGCUGUUGUACAACCUUUGACUACUUAAGCUGAAAUUUUAUGUCCUGUCCAGUCCACUAUUAAAUCUUUUUGUGCCUUGAAGCAAAAGUUUCACAAGACAGACAUAGAAAUUAUAAAAUUCAUUUCCACUGUGGCUACAGGAUUGUUUGUCAUUGGAAAGAAAAUUUUGCUAUCGAAUUCCAAGUGUCAAGUUGUGCAACAUACAAUGACAGGAGAAAAAAAGAAGAAUUAUAUUUGCAGUGCUUUCUGAUCACUGCAUUUUGGAGUUUAUUUCUAUGGUGUCUCAGUUAAAAAGCUGCUUGCAGAAGCUUAACCUUUUGUUAGAAAAAAAAUAAAUGUUAGGUUUUUCAGCUAUCACAGCGUGGCAUCAGCAAGGAGUUUCAAGUCUACUGAAGAGAAAUAUUGCACAUCCUUUCAGAAUAUACCACAUUCUAAAAACCUAGUAUCACAAAGCUUCACUUAUAUCAUUGAGGAAACUGUUAAUUAAACAUGAAGAAAACACAUUUUAAGAAAGUGAGAAUGCAAAGAACUGAAGACUAGUAGACAACAUUUUUGCUUAUUCAUUGUACCAUUGAUUCCUAUUUGUUAAACCAUUUUGUUAGCUCAACAGGUUUUCUAGUCCUUGCAUCCAAAUGGAUUAGUGCAAAAAAACCAAAAAAACAAAACAAAACAAAACAAAAAAAAACCACAAAAAAAACAAACAACAAUAAAAACUUUGUAUUUUUUAUAGUUUGUUUACUUAGUAUUCUAAUAUAACACUGGUUAAACAUGUAAAUGGGAAAAAUAAGAUUCCCAGAAGCAGAAUAACUAGUCAAUAGAAAGCCAGCAGUGAACAUCUAUCCAGACUCAGAGCAAUGACUUACAAGUUUGAGGGGAUUUUCAUUUUUAUUAUUUUUGCUAAAGAAUGCUUAUAAAUUCUUAAACUGACCUCCAUUUACUGAAGGCAAUCAGAAAAAAUAUCUUUUUUUAAACAAUAUUUUACUGCAAUUUAGAUUGUGUAAAAUUGCUUUGAAAUCUGUAAUUUUCUAGCAUUGUAGUCUUGUGUGCAUUGAGCAUUCUGCCCUGUGUGGUACAGUAGAUCUCUCUUUAGCUUGGGCAAACCUCUGGGUAAGUAGCUUUAGCUGAGAUAAAAAUUUGCUUACAUUUCUAGCUACUGAAUCUCUUUUCCUUUUUAAGAACUCCUCUGUAUUGUGAACAAACAAUAAUCAUGUAAACUGUCUGUUACUCAAUUGCAGUAGUCCGUCUCAUGCAGUUUUUGUUCUGUAAUUUAUACCACGUGAAUGUUCUGUAUGUAGAAAAUGCUUGACAAAAGGAGAA